AUGGGUAACUCUCUCGACCAUAACCUGCCUGAUGCCAGCCGCCACAUCACCCCCGCCGGUUCCAAAUGGCUCUGGACAGUAUGCGCCAUCAUGGCGGCCAGCGACCUGGCUAUGCUUUUUUGGACAUUUAAGAGAACAAGAGGAACUCGUCUUUUCCACCAAAUCGGCGUUAUCAUCCUCACGACCGCGACGAUCGCGUACUUCUCCAUGGCGUCCGAUCUCGGUGCUGCUCCUGUCCGUGAAGAGUUCCUUCGCGGUGAUGCGCCUUGGACGACGCGCCAGAUCUUUUAUGUCCGCUACAUUCAAUGGUUCAUCACACUGCCGCUGCUGCUCUUUGAGCUGCUGCUUGGCACCGGCCUCACGGUCUCCGACAUUUUCACGACCAUCUUUAUGGGCUGGGUCCUCGUCAUCUGUGGCCUUGUCGGCGCUUUCGUUCCGAGCACCUACAAAUGGGGCUUCUACGUCUUCGGCGUCCUCGCCUUGUUCUACGUCUGGUGGGCACUCCUCGGCCACGGGCCACGCACAGCCUUCACAGCAGGCGGUACCGUACACUCCGGCUACAUCCCCACCGCAGCCUACUUCUCUCUCCUUCUCUUGCUCUACCCCAUCUGCUGGGCAUGCUCCGAGGGCGGCAACGUCAUUUCCCCGACGGGCGAGAUGAUCUGGUACGGCAUCCUCGACCUCUUCGCCGGGCCGAUCUUCCUCUUCUACUUCCUGUUCGGCAUGCGCGAGGUCGACGUGGCUGCGUUCGGGUUCGGGUUCGCAUCAGGCAAGUUCACUGAUAAG